GGUUCUUAAUUCGUGCAACUUUCAAGAUGGAAAAGACUCUUGAGGGAAAGGUCGCUCUGGUCACCGGCUCUAGUCGUGGAAUCUGAGCAGCCAUCGCAACUCGCCUAGCCAAACACGGCGCCAAGCUGGGCAUCAACUAUGUCUCCUCAGCAUCUGCAGCGGAAUCUGUAGCCGAAAAUAUUCGCAGCUUGGGCUGUCGAGGCUAUCGCCAUCGAAGCUGAUGUAUCCAAGCCGAAGGAAAUUGCCGCCAUGUUCCAGAAGGUCAAAGACGAAUUUGGCAGACUGGAUAUCGUGAUGAGUAACUCCGGUAUUGAACAUUUUGGUGACCUCGAGUCAGUCACGGAUGAGGAGAUUGAUAAGGUUCUCGGGGUCAACGUCAAGGCCCAGUUCGUUAUGGCGCAGCAAGCGUACAAGAAUCUAGAAGAUGAAGGACGACUGAUCCUCAUCUCUUCUAUCUCUGCUGUCUGGGGUGUUCCCAGACAUGCUUUGUAUUCGGCUUCUAAGGCUGCCGUGCACGGUAUGGUCAAGUGUCUUGCUUGGGACUUCGGCAGCAGAGGCAUCACUGUUAACUGCAUCGCCCCCGGAGGAGUCAAGACAGAUAUGUACGCCGAGGCCGCGGCGAAGUAUCUCAAGGGUGGUGAUAAGAUGAGUAUCGAGGAAGUUGAUGGAGAGAUCUCUGAGAUUAGUCCUUUGGGAAGACCUGGCUUCCCAAUGACAUUGCAGGAGUUAUUGCCAUGUUGGCAAGCCCUGAGGCGCAAUGGAUCACUGGUCAGACGAUCCACGCAAGCGGUGGAGCUCAUAUGGGGUACACAGGGAGGUGCCUUUCAGAUUGAAUAA